AUGGGACGCCGAGAUCGCCUUAUCAGCGCGUCUAUCUUGCGCGCCAUUUUCAGAUCUGACGCGCCUCGGAAAGAUGAGAGCGCGCGUCUAGGCCUGUUCGCGCGUAUAUAUGCCUUCUUCGCCCUCUUCAGUCUUACUCUAGCUCGAUAUCGCGCGUCUCUAUUUAAGAAAUUAAGGAACGAUACUUGGGAGAUUGAAGAAGAAGGAUACAUUGAGAGCUUCCGCUCUCCUAGCAAGGGCAAACGGACCGACCUGGUCCCUAUAGGAGACCUGGGAUACUCUGGAUCAACUUUCUUUACAACGCCUAAUUCCAAGUACCUGAUCAAGUCACUCCCACGACAGUUCGAGCAAUCCUUCUUUCGCGAUCGUCUUCUCGAACCCUAUGUCGAACACAUGGAGCUAAACGAGGACUCCCUCCUCGUCCGUAUAACAGACCUCCUCUACUGCCCCACUGCCACCAUCGGUGCUGCACUAGGCGCUGCACCAAGCCAUCACAUCAUAAUGGAGAACAUCCUCUAUGGGAAGUCAAGUUGUAGCAAGGACCAGCAAAAACGUUGGGAGACAUAUGAUUUGAAGCCAAACGAUUACUUCUAUCCCGAACGCGACGUGGCUAACGGACGACUGGCACCCGAGAGUGUCAAGGAUCGACUUAUUGAUGAGUUUGAAGACAAAGUCCGAGUAACUAUCGAUCAGAAGGAGGAGCUCAUUGCCCAACUCUCUCGGGACUCAAAGAUCUUACAAAGCAACAACGCAGUGGAUUAUUCGUUGUUUCUCGUCCGUUAUCCCGCCGACCUGAAUUCGGGCGACGUGCCGCCGCCCCCCGGUCGAGGAUCUACAUGGCGCACAGGUGUCGUAUCGCGUGACGGCAAGUGGGUUUACCGAGCCAUCGUUCUCGACUUCUUUUGGUCGAAAGACGCUCUUCAGGCGCAUACGAUGACGGGACUGGUUAAGCUAUUCAACACACUGAAGUUUGGGAAAGACCACGGCCCCAUGAGUAUUACUACCACGAGCGAUGAAUAUAGACAAAGAUUCCUCGGAAUGGUUGAGGACAUGGUUGAGGUUCCAGACAGUGCUGGUAGACCCGCUGGAGAAGUACGUAGCCCUGCACCAGUAGCUGCUGAUCAAGUGGUGUAA